AUGGCGUCAACUCUAUUAGGAAAGAUUGAAAAAGAUCCGGAUCACCAGUUCUAUCAAGGAGAAACAGUUUAUGUAAUUGAUGCAGAUAACGACUUUGAUAUUUACAAGGCCAAAAUUGAUCACAUUUUCACUGAUUCAAUCAAGGUUUAUUACCCAGAUUAUGAAACAGACGAAAUUAUUAUGAACGAUGCUAAAGAUAGAAUCUUACCAGAUACUAGGAAAAAUAGAGCCGAAUUUGAGCGCCAAGAUAAAAUUCGACUUAAACAAGAGCGUUUAAACCAAGACUCUGACUUCAUUGAUGACAGUGAUGAAAGUUUCGGAGAAUCCGAUGAUGAUGAAAAGAAGAAGAAGAAAAAGAAGAAACAACAGCCAAAGAAGAAAGCCGCACCUAAAAAGAAGGAGCCAAAACCACCAAAAGAAAAGAAGCCUAAAGAGAAAAAGCCUAGAGAACCUAAGAAGAAGAAAGAAGCUAAGGAGAAGAAAGAAAAAGAAAAUAAUAUCAUCAGGCGUAGCCCAGACUUCAAAUAUCUUCAAGAAGCUUACGAAAAUGGCCUUCGUGAUGAAGAAUCCUUCCUCCAAUGGCUUGAUAACAAGACUGAUAUACCAGAAGGAACCAAUUUCGAAAAACUCUCCAAACAAUUCAUUAGAUACGUCGAAACUACUGCCAAGGGUGAUGAUUCAGAAAGCUCCGACUAUUAUAGCGAAGAUGAUACUCCAAAGGUAUUUACAGAAGAAUACUUACAUAAGCCACAUAAAGAAGAAGAUCUUCCAAUGACCGAUGAGCUUCUUAUUCCUUCAUGGAUUGGCGUCGUUUCCUCCGACAAAAAGCGCACAAGAAAGGCAAAUAGCGUUAUGACAAUUAAAUUCGAGAAUGGACACUCAAAUGCAUUCUUUUACAAGACAGAUGAUGGCAGAAUAUUCUUGAUAUUGAAUGGCGAAGCCUUACAACUCAAACUGAGAGGCCAAGGAGAAGAUUAUUUAUAUCGUGCAGUUCCGGUUGUUUCGAACGAAGAACAUACAUCAAAGAUAGCCUACGUCGAAGCUACAAAACGUAAUAAUAUAUACUCCAUUCCUGCAAAACCAGAAGAUAUUCGUUUGGUCGAAGAAGCAGAAAGAAAGAAUCUUAAGAGCAAGGAAUCAACAUCUACAGCAAGCCAGAAAUCAGAGCUUACAUCAAAAUACUUAGAGGAAUAA